ACUCAUCCAUAAAUCAAGACCUCUACAUAUACCCAUUCCUGCCACUUCCACUCUGCCAGAAUUUACCUCUCUGGCUCCUGUCUCCUGUUCCACAUCUCACCACCAACCACCUUGCUCUGGAUAUCACUCACCACCAUUACCUUGGAUUCCCCUCAGGACCUGUUCCCCUGUUCUACUCAGCCAACUCCAACCUCACUCUACACCCCUGGUUUUUGCAACUCAUCUGUACUGCCCCGGUUCUGCACUCCCCAUUUCUCUGUUCAAUAAACAUUUUUGUGCAUUCAUCCCGGCUUCCUCUUCUGAGUCCGCUCUUGGGUUCCCCCCUUCGCUCAUCGUAACACAAGCUAGACAAGCAGUCAUCAUCAUGAAUCACGUAGACAAUCUACUAGCAAAUCCUUUUCAACCCUUGUCAUAUGAAGAGAAAUUAUAGACAAAACGUAUCGGUGCUCAUCGGCCAUUGGACAUUACACAACAAGUCGGAAAUGUAAAAUUCAACAAUGAGCGAUUCAGAAGUAAUCAGUGUCUAACUGCAAGUGUUGCAAAGCAAUCACUAUGUUGCUUCCCCUAUUCGGUUAAGAGGGUCUCUUUCUAGAGCUUCAACCUGAAGAUCACUGGUUCAACAUUGUUUUCCCGGUAGUCUUGAAAGGACCAUAAAUCCAGAGAAUGACAGACUUUGAUGACAGAGUUUGCCCACAAGAAGGACAGUAGUGCCACAUUACUGUUCAAGUGAACAUAGCACAACAACAGUCUAUGGCUUGGGUGGCUGGAGUUUUUAACAAUAUUCUGGGCCCCCCUUUCACACCAUCUGAUAUAGAGGACCUGAAUGGCAGGGAGCUCGGCCCCAGUGAUGUGAUCGAGGGCAGUGCUGUUGCCAUACCAAGCAGUGAGGAGGCCAGUCAAGAUGGUCUCAAUGGUGCAGCUGUAGAACCUUUUGAGGAUUUGAGGGCCCAUGCCAAACCUUUCAACCUCCUGAGGGGGAAGAGUCGCCGUUGUGCCUUCUUAACGACUGUGCGCCUGUGUGUGGACCAUUUUAAGUCCUUAGUGAUUUGGACACUGAGGAAAUUGAAACUGUCAACCUGCUCCAGUGCAGUCCCAUUAAUAUGGAUGGGGGCGUGCUUGUCCUCCCUUUCCUGUAAGCCCACGAUCAGCUCAUUGGUCUUGUUGAGGGAGAUGUUGUCCCGCCACCACACCUCCUACUUGUCUCAUCGUCCGAUGUGAUCAAGCCAACCACCAUCGUGUCGUCAGCAAUCUUGAUGGUGUUGAAGUUGAAUGUGGCCACGCAGUCGUGGGUGAAUAGGAGGGGACUAAGCACACACCCCUUUCGGGCCCCCAUGUUGAGGGUCAGUGUGGCAGAGGUGAUGUUGCCUCCCCUACCACCUGGGGUCAGCCCCUCAGGAAGUCCAGUUUCCAGUUGCAGAGGGAGUUGUUCUGUCCCAUGGUCCUGAGCUUGGAGGGGACAAUAGUGUUGAACGCUGAGCUGUAGUCAAUGAAUGACAUUUUCAAGCAAUGCUUAUUACAAGGUUAUUACUUAAACUACACUAUCCUAUAUUAACUACUGAUGAACAGUCUAUAACUACUUAUAAACCCUUUCCAAGCUCUUAUUUGUAGUCAGCUGGCUAUUAUUUCAUUGGGCCUACAUAUGGGUUGAAUGUCAUGAAUGAGUUUCUGCAUGAUGCACUGCUUCUGUUGAUCGCCCUGUAGCCUACUUUGAUAGGAUGGUGGGUUCAAUAUUUUGUGGGUUGGUUGGAUGAUGCUCUGGAUGAGUGAGACAGGGGCGGAGCACAGCGGCUGUUGGGAUACGCUGCAGUGGAGCCAAAAAUCUGGGGAACCAGACUGUCAAACCUAAGGUUGAUUGCGACACUGGCGUAAGGUUUCCGCCUCCUCUCCUUUCGGCACUGAUUGAAAUUCAUGCAGAUCAAAGAUCGCUUUCGUUUACUGUUAUGGUAACUCGCAACUGCGGCAGUUGAGUUGGCGUGCUGUGGGGAAGGAAGGAACCCGGCGGGAACAGAUAAUGGCCUCCGAGCCGGCGGAGUAAUGGGAUCGGUCGCCUACCGCAGCCAUGGCCAGAUCAACAAACAGAAGCGCCAAGGAUGGAGAUUCAAGGGUGUCUGCUCCCACGGACCGGGCAGAGGCGCGGGACCUGAGCGACCCCAGAGAACUGUCUCUUGAAGAAGUGCUGAAAUCCUACGAGCAGCCCAUAAACGAGGAGCAGGCUUGGGCGAUGUGUUAUCAAUGCUGCAGCUGGUUGAGAGUGCCGCGCCCGGCCACUGUGACUGGUGGAGUUUACAGGGUGAAGGACCCGUCCUCUAUACUCCUACUCAGGGAUGGGACGGUUUCCCCAAAGCAAGAACCAGAUGACACAGAUGGACCUCCCCUUCCACCAAUCACAGAGCGCCAGCUGGUUCAGUCUCUGGGCGUGGCCAUCUACCAGGCCCUAGACUGGGGACUGGAUGACAGUGAGGAGCGGGAGCUGAGUCCUCAGCUGGAGCGGCUCAUUGAGCGCAUGGCAGGAGGAGAUCAUAGCCUGCAGGCUGACUCCGGCAGUGGCAACGGAACAACAGACGAGGGCUACAGUGGACAGGAGGAAGAGGAAGAGGAGGGAGAAAAGGGGGCUAUAAGACCAGUGUGUACAUUCAGCCAGGUGAUGACGCUGUGCACCUCCAGAUUGGCAAACCCUGUUCUUGCUCCGGAGCACUACCAGGCUGUGUGCAGAGCCUUGUUCGUUGAGACUCUUGAGCUGCAAACCUUUCUGAUCAAAAUCCGAAAUGCCAAGGAGAUGCUGAAGAAGAUCAAUGGAGAGGAUCCUCAGGAAGAUCAAGCUGAGAUCGAUGCACUGAAACACACAGACUGGACUCGUCUCUGGGUCCAGUUGAUGAAGGAGCUGAGACAGGGGGUGAAACUAAAGAAGGUGCAGGAGCAUGAGUUUGACACACUGCCCACUGAGUUCAGCCUCACUCCCUUUGAGAUGCUCAUGCAGGACAUCCGCACCCGCAAGUUCCAACUGCGAAAAGUCAUGGAGGAUGGUGACAUCCCCACACGAGUGAAAAGAAAUGCCCAUGAGUUUAUUUUGGACUUCAUCAGGUCUCGCCCUCCACUGAAACCAGCGUCAGAGCGCAACCUGCCCCCUCCUCCUCAGGAGCAGCAGUCCCUUCACGAACGCGUCCUUGCUGAAAUCAAACAGGAGCGCAAACUGAAGCCUGUGGACUCACCCGGCUCCAAGAGAUCGUUUGGCUCCUUGCCCUGUCUGGCACCCGCCUUCCCGUGUGAUUUCAAAUCUACUUCCUGCAUUGACCUGUCAGUCUCAGAGCUUAGGUCCCGCCCCCCAUCUCAUCCUCGUGUUCUGCUCAAAGCUCCUACUCUUCAGGAGAUGGAGGAGAUGAGUAUUUUGGAGGAUGAGGAGUCUCCAGGAGAGCUCUGCCGGGCUGAGAGUUUUCCCACAUCCAUGAAACGGGACCGCUCCUUCUCUGAACAUGACCUGGCUGAGCUCAGGGGGGAGAUUCUCCCCUCACUGUCCGAAUCCGCCCAUCUGGGAAGGGCUGUGUUGUGGAGGGGGGAGAGACCACGGUCACACACGCUCUCAGGGGCUGGGCCACCCCCCACGCACAGAGGCUGGGUGCCCCUCUCCCCUGCCCGUAUCUCUCUCAGCUCAGUGGAUGAGACCACAGAAGGGGCAGAGACUGGCUCCAGCUCUCGGGGUGGCUAUAAACCCAAGUGUAUGGAGGAAUUCAGUCACCCAGUGGAGAGUCUUGCCUUAACAGUCGAUGAGGUCAUCAAUGUGCGUCGUGUGCUGGUGAAAGCAGAGAUGGAGAAGUACCUCCAGAACAAGGAACUGUAUUACAAUCUGAGGAGAGGCAAGGUGUGCUGUUGCUGCAGAAUUAAAUUCCCCCUCUUUUCCUGGCCAUCCACCUGCCUGCUCUGUAAAAGGUCUGUCUGUGGAUCCUGCAGUGCAAAGAUGAAGAUUCCUUCCAAGAAGAUGGCCCACAUCCCAGUCUACACUGUGGGCUUUCACAGCAGCCCAAAGAGCCAUGGUCGCAAGAGUGAGGUUUACAAAUCUUUGCGCACUCUCUCCCGCCGGUCUGUGGAGGAGGAGUUCCCCCACCUGUACGCCCAUGGCUGCAGCCUGCGGGAUGUCUGUGUGGACUGCACCAAGUUUGUGGCUGAUGUCAUCUCGUCCAGUCGCAGGAGCCUGGACAUCCUCAACAACACUCCCAAGAGGGAGAGUGCUAUGCCCAAGACACACCCCCAACCUCAUGCGUCACCACAUCCGCCCACCUUGAAGAGGAAGAACAAGUGAAUAGAUCGACUGUUGGUUUUUCCUGCACCUCCUUAACAGGGUUGAACCUGUGCUGCACGACUAGCCUACUCAAAUACCCCACCAUUCCCCCUAACCUGCAAGUAUCCCCUCCUCAUGCUGAAGUGCUUGUUAAGGGUUGUUCCUCCCCCACUCCACUGUGGAGGUUCAUAGGAGGAUAUGGCCUAGGAACAACAAUAAGUCUGCCUCAUCACAGCAGUGAUUACUUCACUCACGGGUCUGAUGCGCAGCUGAAACUGAGAGAGAGGACGUAAGGGAGAAGUGGAGGGCAAGCAGAGAAGGGAGGCAAAACAGAGGGAGGAGGAAAUAGGUGAGAGAGGAGGAAAUAGGUGAGAGAGGAAGAGGUAAGGAUGAUUGGAAAAAGUAGAUAUAUCUACUGUAGGAGCCAAGAGUUUGGUUUAGGCUAAACAUUUAGCUCCCUAGUUGCCUUGUUGUAGUUGUGAAACACCAAAAUAACACAUUUGAACUGUAAACACACCUUCUUGCCAUGACACACCUUCUUAGAACACUGGAUUUUUUUUCUGGAAUUUUAAAAUAACACUAUGGCAAGCUCAAUAGAAGAGAUAUUUCACUAUGACAAUAGUUGUUGGAAUGUGCUAGGAUUGUCUGUGGUCCAACUUAAUGAUGCAUGGUGACAUUGUCGGUACGACUGUUUGAAUGUAACCGGGUCUGAGAGGACUAGUAAAGGUCAGUUCUGGGUAAAAGAGAUCCUGAGAGAGACCAUUCCUGUCGGCACCACACGGGACUGGACCCCAGCCGUCUAUCUCUGCUGCUUCAGAAUGACAUUUAAGCCCCCUCUCUCACCCUGUGAGAUCUGCUCUAAUUUUCUAAACACUAAGUAAACCUUAACUGCAAUAAAUCUAAUGUAACCAUGAA